UGGGGCUUGAAAACAAGAAUAUAUAUCGUCUCGUGACUUGGUAACCGUCAUCUUCAAGGCACAAAAACACAUUUACACGUAACCAAAAGCUUACUCCUUAUCUCUGAUGCCUUUGUGUUUACUUCUUCUCAAACUCAUCAAGUAGUGUCUCUCCCUUUUCUCACCUCACUCACACAAACACUCCCGUUGCAGAAGCUUCUCUCCUUCCAUCUCCCUGAUCUGUUUUGGAGAACUGUGAACAUCAUGUGCAAGUGUUAGUCAACUAUCAGCUCAUCGAUCACUGAGCUUUUCUAACGGCUUUGUUUGGUUCACCUGCACGUUUCCUAUGGCAGAAAGCAAACUUAACUUUGAGGCACCUCUUCUUUCAACAAGGGAGAUGAAGAAAGAAGCAGUCUCUGUGCGCAAAAACAUGGCUAAGAAACUUACUCAUGAUGACUCCAAGACAAGUGAAUCUCCUUCUCUUCCUGUUCUUGGCUUGGAUCAUGUUCCUGAAUCUGCUUCUGUUGUUUUCAAAAGUUCCUUGGAGAAAGCAAUUGAAGAAGAAAGUGAAGAUGAUGAUGUCUUCUCUGAUGCCCUUGACACAUUAUCUCUAAAGCAAAGCGUAAGUGGUAGUAUUGAAGCAACGAAACCGCCAAUGGCCUCUCAGGAUCCUGAUCAAUCUCGGGAUUUCAUGUUGAACCGUUUCUUACCUGCCGCAAAAUCCAUGACCAUGGAUCAACAACAACCUCAAUAUGCUAUGAAGCGACAACCAUCUCCCUUCAUGUCUGAACCAGUGAGGCAAAUUAGAGAUAUACUACCAGCUGCAACUCCUAAGAGGUAUGAGUAUAACACCACUCCAUCAUAUUAUCAUGGCCUAGACGACGAUACAAGCGAUGAAGAUGAAGAUGAAGCAUCUGAGUAUCUAUCUAGGAGAGGCUGUGGGAUGUCCCCACAACUGUGCCUUGGUAUGUUGAGCUCAGUGCAUGGUCUCAAAGAGAAACCUUACUCCCUAAGAACCUCAAGCCAUGAUCAUGUGAAGUCAAGCAAGGUCUCUCAACUCAAAUCUCGGUUUCAAUCUGUUAAAAAGCUGGCUCUUGAUAAGUUGGGAAGCAGAGCUCAAUCUCCAGUACAUCCAAGUGUUGAUACAAAUCUGCGAACCGCAAGUGUGCCAUCAUCUCCUUACAGACAAACUGGCUGUUUGUCACCGUACCGCAGUGUAGGAAACUCUUCCCCUCUGCACUCUGCUGGCUUCCCCGGGACUCGUAAGGAAGCAGAGAUCAUGAGAGCUAACAGGUUGAACAAGCAUAUCAAAAACCCAAAGAAGUCUCAGGACUUACUCUAUCCAAAGAGUACAAGACUUGACUCUUCUACAAGCUCUGUCCUGGAAAAGACUUUACAUGUUGACACAGAUAAGACUCCAAAGACCACCAAUGUCAAGAUCUUGCCAGAAACAACUUCAGAGGAACCAGAAAUGGCGGGAAAGAAACCGAAAGCCGUGGACUCUUUAUCUAUUAGCAGUGGAAUCAAGAAGAUGAAGGCAGAUAACUUGGACAAGAACAACUGUGAUAGGUCUCCACUUGCUCUCCCCACACCUAAAAAGCCUUCUGAGUCUUGGCUUUUACGUAAUCUACCUUCAGUAAGCUCAAAGAUAUCUUCACGGAGGUACCUGUUUCAUCCCCAAAAGAAGGAUCUCAAAGAAAACUCCACAAGUGUGACCAAGUGGGAAACUAUAGUCAAGACUUCUUGUAUCCACAGAGAUCAUAUACGUUAUUCUGAAGAACUUGUUGCUCGUUCAUCUUGUCAAUCCACAACAUAACACUUUGAAGCUUCUCAAGAUGUGACCCCUUGGGGGAUCUUCAGGUUGUACUAAAAAUCGCGGUUUCUUUUGUGAGCCUUACAGACACUUAAAUUAGUUUACAUGUUUAGUUAUACUUCCAUAUUCUGUUAGUUGUCUUUCCUAGUUAAAAAGAAGAAACAUUUGUUGCCAA